ACAUGGAUGGUAAUGAACGAUUUGUUUUGACACUUGAUAAUGAAAUUGAAGAAAUGUUUGAAUGUUUCGUUAAAGAAGAAGAUCCAGAAGGUUUUGAUUUUAAUGAAGGAGAUGAAGCCACUUUUGAAAGUCUUGUAGAAUCUACAGAUUUAGUUGUCGAAGAAGACUUGCCAGAAGUAACCGAUUUUUUUGAUUUUAAAGAAGGAUUGAAAUUUUCUUUAACACUACCAGUAACAUUUGAGUUUGAAGUCUUUGAAGUUGACAUAGUACGUGAUUUUGAAGUUGUAGAACUCUUUGUAACAGAUUUUGUACUAGAUUUUGAAGAAACUUUUUCUUUAGAAGUUGAUGAAUUAAGACUUUUUGAUAAAGUCACAUUUGACUUGCACUUUUUCAAAGGAGGAGAAGAAGUUUUAGGAGAUACGGUAGAUGGACGUUUUGACAUCACAUUAGUAUCUUUUUUUGAAUGUGACACUAUCUUAUUUGGAGAAGGUGGAGGAGUUACAAAAGAUGGAUUACAAUUCUUUUUUGGAGACUUUUUUGAUAAAGAAGAAGGUGAAGAUCGACUAUUCCUCGAAAUACUACUAUUAUUUGUAGAAGCCGAACUUUUCUCGGAUGAUAAAGAAGAAUCUUUAGAAUGA